AUGGGUUUGAGCCGUUUUGCGAUUUCAAAUGCAACAAAGCAGAUAUUGAAGCUAAACUCAUUUGCAAACAGAAACCGAACAUCAUCAUCGGAUCAUGUCCCUAAAGGGCAUGUGGCAGUGUAUGUUGGAGAACAGCUUGAGAAGGAGAAGAAAAGGUUCGUGGUUCCAAUUUCGUUUCUGAAUGAUCCUUCCUUCGGAGAGUUCCUUAGUCGAGCAGAGGAAGAGUUUGGAUUUAAUCAUCCAAUGGGAGGCUUGACCAUUCCUUGUAGAGAAGAUGUGUUUCUUGAUCUCAUCGCAUCUCGGUUACAAUAA